UACUUUCCAUUCAUGAGGUCUUAUUCGUGUAAGCUUUAUCGUUGCCGCCGCAUCGGUAUUCGGUUUGAUAUCUCUCCUGAGGUGUUUAUAUGGUGUUUCCUUCUAUUUUCAAUUGUAAAUGUAUAAUUUUGAAUUGAUUUUUCCAAUCUGAUAGGGCUGGAUUAAAAAAAAAAUCAUUCUUCAUAUGAAAGGACGAUACAUCAGGAGAUAGAACAAUAUAUACGUAGUGUUGGAAUUCAAAAUUUGGAAUCUUAUUGAAAACGGUAAUUCCGUACUAGAGUAUCAAUUACUCCGAGGCUUAUUAAUCUGUUCUGUUUAUCCUCGAUAAUGGUAGUGGUUUAACCAGGAAGCGCAAUUGUUGACAAAAAUCCUCUAUCGUAUGUUACAACGUUAUGAUAUACUAUCAUUGUCGAGAUAAAUAUACAGUAGAGAUUGGUGUUACUUGGCGAUGUCUCAUUACUGGUGGUUUUCAGUUGGCUUAAUGUAUAUUAGUGUGAGAAUACUAUGUCAGGCUCUGAGCGAGGAUGACGGAGAGGAAGGGACAAGGUGUUCUAAGAAGUACUCUUUUUUUAAGCGGGAUGUAUUGAAUACAGACUGGAUUCCAUUAGAAUCUUCCCCUUGUUUCCUGAAAGCUGGAAGAUACACUAAAAAGGAAGAGUUUGAGGAGAACGCGGCAGAUGGCUGUGCGGCUCUUAGCACUGUUUGCGAGCGUUUCAAACUGAACCUACUGCACAUCAAUGAUGAAACCGAUCGGACUUUCAUGGAGAAUUUGUCGCAGGGGCUCCUCAACCAAUCACACCGCUUAGUUUACUUUGAUGAACACAUUUGUAAACAAAUGGUUUAUACAAAUAAAUAUGACAGCCCAUUCGAAAAAGAAACAUUACCAUUACCUACUAUCAAUCUUUUGAUAUGCGAAAACAUUACACAAGAUAUUCACAGCGAUUUAGAUGUACUCCAGACAGAAGCCGCUACGGAACAAAUCAGCCUUUUGACACCAAUUUACAAAGCUCAGAAAAAUCAAAAUUCAACAAGUGAAGUGGAAACCACACCACAAAGCUCAAUAUUGAUGUACAUAUGCUACGCCCUCACCAGUGUAGCAAUAGUCUCGGCUGUCCUGACUCUUAGUGUAUGCUGUGUACGCCAUCAGAAGAAACGUACACGAACAUUGGACAACAGCAACUAUGAUGCUGAAUACAGCUUGACGGUCGAACAGAACACGUCACACCCACUGCAAAGAGAAGCUACAGAUCACACAGAGCCGGAAAUAGAACCUCUAACAGCUCCGAGUAGGCCUAAAGGGAAGUUGGAAUUUAACAACGCUAUAUACAAUAGAUCGGGGCUGAUUACGAAGGUUAUAAUACAGCAAGAUGAUAAACCAGAAUCAAAGUGCAUACCAGAAGGUACUGGUCCUGGCCAGGGGUCAAAAACUGCCAAUCAUCAAAAUGGAGACUGUGGCAAAGGUGGUCAACAACUCGUUGCUAAAUCUAAAUCUCAUAAGGAUAUUGAUAAGAUUGGCACGGCUAAUUUUCCAUCUGGUGAAUAUCAAGAUUUUGCUGUUGAAUUAAAAUCAAAAGUACGGCGAGUGUUGAGUAAUCCGACAUAUGUCCACGGAGAUGACGUCAUCAGGAGUCCAAUUCAUUCUAACCCAGUGACAAACAAGACAGUUUCAAGUGACAAUUUAUCAUGUCUAAAAGUCACUGAAUCGGUGGCUCAGUCAAAAGAAGACAUGACUACAAGAAAAAAUCAAAAACAUCGCCCAAGUAACGGAGGCCCUUGUCAGUCAGGCUCAGAGCAGGUAAAUGGCUCGGAAGAACCCCGUGUCCAGAAGUCAGCAGAACAGAGAAAACCCGUCGCCGUCAGUCGUACUGUAGACACGUCCAAAUAUCCUGCUACUGAACCACGAGAUAUGAGCUACAUGUAUGUGCAAUUACCGAAAGAAUGGUCUAAGAACAUUCCGAUAGAGGAGCCAACUGUUCCGUAUGCGUCUACAGAUAUCACAAAAACAAUAUUCAAACAUGUGCCAUCAAAAUCGAAACCUAAUGGUCAGGGACUAAACGAUGAUGGCGUUUAUGAGACGUAUGAUCGACGAACGUGAAGGAAAACAUCUAUUGUCAGACCAUGUCAGACAGACCAAAAGGAUUUGACACAAACGCAGAGCAUGAGGCGACUGUACCAUAUUGUCUCAUUCCCCUAUUCCGAAAAAAAAAAGAAGAGUUGGGCUUGUUCCAAGCUUUGCCAUCACUUUGCGUCAGCUAAGCUUUCGCAUGCGUUUGCCGUUAUAUUUGAAGUGGCUUUAUUCGAGUGUGCACUUCAUUUGUUGCGUUAAAAAAUUGCCUUUAAACUAGUUUUAGAUAAUAAGACUAUUUUGUAACAUGUUAAUUUAUUACAAGUAAGUAUUGUCAAAUCAAAUUACUGUAUAUAAUCGUUAAGCGGUAUCUUGGACGAUUUUAAAAGGAAACGUGAAGUAUGCAUCAUGCAUCCAUUUAUGAAAUCGUUGGAAAGUGAUUGAAUAAGACUUCACAUUAGCACGUUUAAAACGAAAACGCAAUCGUAGGCUUCCUAUUAUUAUUAUUAUUAUUAUUAUUAUUAUUAUUAUUAUUAUUAUUAUUAUUAUUAUUAUUAUUAUUAUUCAAUGGUUGUAAAAAAUACCUCUUUCUGAGAUAGUUUAGUUGCAACGAGGUUCGAGUUGGCCUAAAUGAGGCCACGUCAGCUAUCAUUCGUGCGUUUGCUACGCGUCACAUAAUAGGUGUGUAGCUCCUAAUAGAAACAUACCGGUAGCGUGUCCUUGGCGUUUCUCGCAUUUGUGUAGGUGUAGGUGUAUUGAUUAUUGUUAUUGUAAGUGUGUUAUUAUUAUUAUUAUUAUUAUUAUUAUUAUUAUUAUUAUUAUUAUUAUUAGUUAUUGUUAUUAUUAUUAUUACUAUUAUUAUUAUUAUUAUUUAUUUAUUAAUUUAUUAUGUACCUUUCUUUAUCAGUUAUGAUAGUCAUAUUUGAAGUAUUGUUAGUUAAAAUAUUUAAAAUUACAUAAUUGUUGAAUAUUUUCUUGAUCGAUUAAGAUAAUUACAAUAAUUGUAAAUAUGGGCAUCUAUGGAUGAUGGGUGCGUUGAGAGAAAUGAUAAUAUCAUUCUUAGAGCAUGCGUCAAACGCAAACACAACAACCGUUAUACUUUUGCUUCAUUUCCCCUCUGCCUUGCACAUCGAAGCUCGCUAACGUCAGGCCAUGUCAGCCAUCAUUUUUCAGGGGCGAACGCGGACAAUGAAUGAUAAUUAAAAAUGACAGUAAUGAUAAUGAUAAUUGAAUGAUAAUUAAAACGCUUAUAAUCGCUUAAGAUUAUUAUUAUUAUUAUUAUUAUCGUUAUUAUUAUUAUUAUUAUUAUUAUUAUUAUUAUUAUUAUUAUUAUUUUCCAAAAACCGAA